ACACAAAAAUUCAUGACAUAGAGCCAUUGAAGAUUAAACACGAGACAUUAAUUUCUAAUAAAAAAGAAUUUAAGAAAAGGACGAAAAAGAAAACCAGAAACUAUUAAGAGACGGUCAUCAGCGGCUUCAGAAAUGAUCAGAGUCAUUCAAGCAAGACCGACAGUAUAGAUGGGUGUUUCCAAUAAGAUGUCUCCGACUUUUAAGUUUUAUUAGGCUAGAGCUAUCGUUGAACAGGACCUAAAACCUACACUUGUGUACGUUAUCUUUAAUUUAUUGGCGGUUAACGAAGGAUUUCCCCACAUCGUCUGCUGGGAAAUUAUAGACAAUGGACAAUCCUGCACUCUCUCAGGAAGAUGGCACGGAGCUUAGAAAACGUCCCGUUAACAACGGAGAAGCUCCACAUGUUGAAGUGGAAACGAAAGGAAUCAAACUCCAGCGUAACUUAGGACUGAUCAGCGGUACCUCCAUUAUAGUGGGCACCAUCAUAGGUUCUGGGAUCUUCAUUUCUCCCAAAGGAGUCCUCCAGGAGACGGGAUCUGUCGGCCUUAGCCUCGUGGUAUGGGCCGCCGGGGGCAUGCUAUCUCUCAUGGGGGCCCUUUCCUACGCUGAGUUGGGAACUCUGAUCACCAAAUCUGGCGGCGAGUACCCGUACAUGAUGGCGGCCAUGGGACGAGUGGUGGCCUACCUCUUCGCCUGGACCAAGAUCAUUGUCUUAACUCCUUCCUCCAUGGCCAUCAUCUGUCUGACCUUCGCCGAGUACGUAAUGUCCUUGAUGGAGUUCUGUGGAGAACCCCAGAUACCCAAGAAAAUGAUUGCAGCGUUGGCAAUGAUAACGCUUGCAAUAGUCAACUCCUGGGACACGAAACUAGCUGCCAGCGUGCAGGUCUUCUUCACUGGGGCCAAACUAAUCGCCCUCGUCAUCAUCGUCAUCGGGGGCCUGGUCUGGCUGGGCAAAGGAGAAGUAGAGACACUCCAGAAAGGUUUCGAGGGUUCCACUAACUCCCCAUCAGGCGUGGCCCUGGCUUUCUACGACGCCCUGUGGGCUUACGACGGGUGGAACAAUUUGAAUUACAUUACAGAAGAGCUGAAAAACCCAUACGUAAAUCUCCCCCGUGCCAACGUGCUGGGUGUCCUCCUGGUGACUGUUAUCUAUGUGCUGGCCAAUAUCUCCUACCUGGCCGUCCUCGGGACCGAGGGGCUCCUCAACUCUAGCGCUGUGGCUCUGGAAUGGGGAGAAGUAGUGCUAGGGAAAAGAGUUGCCGUCAUCAUGCCGCUGUUUGUCAUGUGUUCCACAUUUGGUGCUGCUAACGGGUCUCUGUUUGCUGGAGUCAGAACACUGUACGUUGCCGCCCGAGAGAACCAGUUCCCGGAAGUACUGUCUUACGUCAACGCACGACGUCUGACCCCAAUUCCUUGUAUCAUCUUUACGACUAUUCUUGCUCUACUGAUGUUGAUUCCUGGAGAUAUUGGGAGCCUCAUUGACUUCUUCAGCUUCGCCGCCUGGAUGUUCUACGCUCUGGCCAUAGUGUCUCUGAUCAUUCUGAGAUUUACCAUGAAAAACGAGCAUAGGCCCAUAAAGGUGUUUAUCCUGUUCCCAAUCAUCUUUCUGCUUUGCUCCCUUUACCUGGUGGUGGCUCCGAUUAUUCAGGACCCCAGAGUAGAGUUCCUGUACGCCUUCCUCUUCAUCGUUGGAGGGCUGGUGUUCUACGUCCCACUCGUUCACUUUAGAAUCCACAAGGGCUGCUUUGAUCCUGUCACGUUAUUUGUUCAACUGUUCAUGGAGGUCGGACCAAGUCCGUAUGUUCCUGACUUUGAAUAAUUCUCCGUGAAAUCAGCGGCCAUUUAGAAUUGGAAAUCCAUUAGACAAUGUUUGACAUGAUGUGAAACCACGAGAAAUGCACACUCUUAAACAAUUAGUAUUCCUAUAUCUACUGUAUGUGAUAUCAAUAUGUUUUGUCUCGGGUAUGUAACUAUUUACCUAUAAUUUAGAUUAAUUUUUAUGUGGUUGCGUUAGUGAUAUUUAACGAUCAAUUUUAUUUUUUAUUUAUGUUUAAUUAAACUAAUUGAUACAGGUAUUCCUAGUCAGCACUAUAGAAAUAGGUUAUGAAAUAAAUAAAUAUGUAAUCUGUCCAAGAUUACUGUUUUCAGUCACAUUAGAGCUUUAACGAAGAUAUACAUAACUGUCAAAGAAAUAAAAUUAAAAUAGAUUUAUGUGUAAGGAGAAAAUUCAAGAUUCUUCAUUGAUCUUUUUUUCUUUUUCUAUAUUUUUAAUACAUAUUUCUUACGGAGAUUAUAAUGAAUAAAUUUAACGUUUUUUUUAUCAUUUAGAUGGUCGUUUAAAACGCAAAUGUUUUCAAGUUAUCAUCUAAAGGUCUUUCAUAUCAUUUGCAAUGUAAAAUUCCUGUCGAGACAUUCACUCAUAACCGCGUUUACAAUGUGUGGUUAAAGGGAGAAAUAUUUUGAUUUUUUUCAUCUUAGUAAAUAAAUAUGUUAUAACCCUGAAGUCUGUAUAAUUAAGGAAUAAUUUAAGAAAAUGUGAUGUAAAACCAUCUUUGAACAUUCUUUAAAAAAAAAAAACUACAAAAUGUCAUGACGGCCUUUUUUAAACAUGUUUACUGGAGUAAUAUUAUUUAACUGAGGUAACAUUUAUUAAGUCUAAAUUUGUAACAAAAUUGAAGAAUCUAAUUAAAUUUUCCAAACAUGAUUUUUGAUAAACAUAAUUUAUUUUUAACUUACUAUAUAAACAUAAAAAUAAACAAGCUUUAUUAACUAUUUGUAAAAUGUUUCAUAAAUGUUAGUUCGAGUGACCAUUUAACCGAUAUUCAAAUCGUUAUGAGUAGUAUGUACCACCGGCACCUGACGUUAUUUAUUUCUAUCAGAAUUAAAUUUGAUUAUUCUAUUCUCUUCCUAAUAAACUAGAGUAUAAAUUUUCUAUCAUGAGAAAAUUAAAUAACGUCAGACGCCUGUGGUGUAUAUGUAAGUGCAUGAUUUUAGGGAUUAGUUUAAAAUAGUAUAUCAAUUAAGGCAAUAGCAUCACAUUUAUUAUUUAGUAUGUAAUAUUCAUCUGGACUUUACAUAAACCACACAUAUAUGGAUGGCAUAGCCUUCUAGAAUUAAAAGGUUAGCAUUGCACCAAAGAAAAUUGUCAAUGUUUUUUUUUGUUUUGUUUAAUAUUUUAUGAUUUUACGAGAUUAUGUCUUGCUGUAUACAAGUCAUGCUCAUAGAUAAUCACAUUGCUACAAGUUUUAACUUUAUACGUACAUAUUCUGAACAUGAUUGAAAUGUACUAGUGCGUGUGUUUGAUAUAUUGUACAUGCUUUCCUUCUGAAUACAUAGAGCUUUAUGUGUAAAACUAUAUGUAUUUAAAACAAAUACCAAUAUAUAUCGUUAUUAAACGUUUUAUACAAUAAAUUAAAAAUCUGUUAUUUGGUACAAUAGUCCUGUUGUGAAUUAACUACAACUAGCACCAAUCAAAGCAGUAGAAAUUG